GGUUACGUACAAAUAUAAAAGCUAAAAAAAGAUUUCCGAUGUUGUAGCGAGAUCAAUUUUUAAGUGUUUUUCAUUUUUACCAGUAAACUUUGCUUGUUUGGCAGCGCAUUAGUUAAUAGUGGUUGCAAAAAUGCGAAACGAAAUGGAGAAUUCAACUUCAAUAAAGUUGGAACAAUCCACUGCGAUAAAGGUCGAGGAGCUUAUUAUAACCGAUGUCUUAGAUUUAAAGCGUGAACCAAUCGAAAUUAAUGCAUACUCCUGUGAAACUAUACCGACGAUGACUGCCGGAGAUGGUACACCGGUUGUGAAACAAGCAUCUGCUGCAGUGGACAUCAUUGAUGAAGCAACGGAAACGUCUUCUGCUGCAGCACCUGAUAAAAACGAUAAAGCUGAUAGUUUCAGCAACUUGCACGCUUCGGAAGCGGACCCUCCUGCUGGCAGUGGCAGUCAACCGAAACACAUUUGCGACAUCUGUGGUGCAUCGUUCAAGACACGUGCUGGUUUACGACUGCACAAGAAAAUCCACGCAUCCGUUAAGCCAAAACCUUACAAAUGUGACCAGUGUAGUUCCCAGUUCGUUCGAAAGCGUAGUCUCAAUUUCCACAAAAAGAAAAAGCACUUACCGUCAAGCUCCAAUUCUGAUGGAAUACCGGAAAUGCAGAAGUCAACUUUGGACAAAAACAUAUCCGACAAACCCCUGUUCAAAUGUGAAAUAUGCAGUAAAACUUACACGUCAAAUCGAACACUGAAGAUUCACCAUAUUAUAAAACAUACGACGGAAAAGAAUUUCAAAUGCGACAUAUGCGGUAAAGAACACCACACAAAGGAACAGUUGAGGAGGCACCUGAAAUUGCACAGCUCGGUGCGUUCGUAUAAAUGCGAAAUCUGCGGCAAUGGAUAUAAGUGGAAAGCAAAUCUUAUGUUGCAUAUGAAAACUCACACCACGACGCAAACGUUCGACUGUGACCGCUGCGAUGCAUCCUUAACGACACUUAGCGGCUUGCAGAAACACCAGAAACUCCACGUACCCGACGAUCGGAAAUACACUUGUGAUAUCUGUGAUCGAAAAUUUACCCACAAAAGUUGGCUCCCGUUUCACUUUAGAACUCACACCGGAGAGCGUCCGUACGAGUGUGACAUAUGUCACAAAACUUUCAUCCAACCCAGAUUACUUAAUGAUCAUAAAAUUAUAAACCACACGCAGGAAAAGAAUUUUAAAUGUCCGGAAUGCAGUAAAAAUUUUCACACGAAUGUACAAUUAACACAGCAUCUGAAAAUACAUAACCCGGAUCGAUCACACAAGUGUCUGACAUGCGGAAAGGUCUAUACGCGAAAAUCUACGCUCGUUGCGCAUAUGCAUCGGCACACAUCAGGCGAGCGAACGCCCAUUUGCGACAUCUGCGGUGCAUCAUACAAGUCACUUAGUGGUUUACGAGUGCACAAGAAAAGGCACACAUCCACAUCCGCUGAGCCAAAAUCUUACGAAUGUGACCAAUGUCAUAGACGAUUCGCUCAAAAGAGUCAUAUCAAUGUUCACAAAAAGAACCACUGUCCGUCACGUUCCUUUUCUGAUGGAAUGCCGAAAGCGCAGAAGGAAAGUUUGGAUAGCAACAAAUCCGACAAACCGCUGUUCAAAUGCGAGAUGUGCAAUAAAACUUUCACGUUAAAUAGAACACUGAAGGCUCACCGUAUUAUAAAACAUACAACGGAAAAGUAUUUCAAAUGCGACAUUUGCAGUAAAGAGUUCCAGCUGAUGGCGCAGUUGAAGAAGCAUUUUAAACUGCACAGCGGGCGAUAUAAAUGUGAUAUUUGCGGAAAGGGGCUUCCAUCCCGAUACGCAAUCGACGAUCAUAUGCGCAGUCAUCGUCCGGAGCCGUGCGACAUCUGCGGUGUAGCGUAUAAAUCACGGUGCGGUUUGGCUAGGCACAAGAUGACUCACUCCAACUCGCACGCUUUGGAAGCGGAUCCUCCUACCGGCAGUGGCAGUCCACUGAAACACAUUUGCAACACCUGCGGCGCAUCAUACAAGUCACGUACUGGUUUACACUAUCACAGGAAAAUCCAUCACAUAUCCGAUGAGUCACACCCUUACAAAUGUGACCAGUGUAGUGCUCGCUUCGCUAAUCAGUAUAAACUUAAUUUUCACAAAAAGAAACACCUACUGCCACGUUCCAAUUCUGAAAACCUCAAGUGUGACUUAUGCAGUAAAACUUUCUCGACCAAUAAAAUACUGAAGAUUCACCAUAUUAUAAAACAUACAACGGAAAAGAAAUUCAAAUGCGACAUAUGCGAUAAAGAGUACCACUUAAAGGGACAUUGGAGUUGGCACAUGAAAUCGCACUGCUUGCAACGUUCAUAUAAAUGCGACAUCUGCGGCAGUGCAUAUAAGUAUAAAUCAAAUCUUGUGAUACAUAUGAAAAUUCACACCACAACCACAACGCAAUCUUUCGAAUGUGAGACUUGCGGUAGAAUUUGUAAGACACUCAGAACACUAAAAUUACAUAAAAUUACAAAACACACGUCGGAAAAAAAAUUCACGUGUAACGUAUGCGGUAAAGCUUUUCAUCUGAAAGACACGCUAACGAGGCACGUGACACGGGUGCACAGCCGGUGA